GUAAUCCUUUACCUUCUUCUUCUCCCCCGCUCAUUUUUAUUACAAUAUUUGAACAGAAAUGCCUGCUGCUGCUGCUACAAAGAGCGAUAUUGAGACCAAGAAGGUUGCGGUUUUAGCUGCCUCUGAUGUCGAACUUAAACAAGCCAAGGAACUCCUUACCAAGCUCUCUGGUGCUUCCGAUGCCGAUCGUCAAGCUGCUGCUGAAGAACUCGUUGCUUUUGUUCAAGCCAAUGGUGUUCGUGCUCUCAAGCAAUGUAACAUUGUAGAUGCUAUUGCCAAGGAUCUUAGCAACAAGAAGAAUGCUGGUGCUCGUCAAUCUGGUAUUGCUGCUAUCAAGGCUUUUACCUCCGUUGCUCAAGCUGAACCUUAUACUAUUUCUUUCUUGUCUACCCUUUUGGAACUUCAAGCUGAUAAGCAAGCUGCUAUCAAGGAUGCUGCUGCUGAAACUGCUCAAGCUAUGGCUCUCAACUUCAACCCCAAUGCUGCUUAUCUCUUGAUUCCUAAAAUCUUGGAAGGUCUCGGAAACUCCUGCAAGUGGCAAACCAAGAUGCUCUCUUUGGCUCUCAUUGAUACUUUGGCCAAGAACCACCCCAAGGAAUUCUUCGUUACUAUUCCCGAUGUCAUUCCUGUUGUCUCUGAUUGUAUGUGGGAUACCAAGACUGAUGUCAAGAAGGCUGCUACUUCUACUAUGGGUAACAUUUGCUCUUUGAUUGAAAACAAGGAUAUCGAACGUUUCAUUCCUGCUGUUAUUGGUUGUAUCAACAAACCUGAAAAUGUCCCUGAAACUAUUCACUUGUUGGGUGCUACUACUUUUGUCCAAGAAGUUGACUCUGCUACUCUUUCCAUCAUGGUUCCUUUGUUGGGUCGUGGUUUGAACGAACGUGCUACUCCUAUCAAGCGUAAAUCUGCUCUUAUCAUUGACAAUAUGUGUAAGCUUGUGGAUGAUCCUGAAGUCGCUGCUCCUUUCUUGCCCUUGUUGUUGCCUGCUCUUGAAAAGGUCCAAGAUGUCGUUGCCGAUCCUGAAUGUCGUGGUGUGGUUCAAAAGGCUCUUGCUACUUUGGCUCGUGUUGGUCAAACUGGUGCUCAAAUCUUCUCCAAGCAAGAAAAGACUGAUUUGGUUAAUGGUACCUUCAAGGCUCUUUUGCCCGAAUACGAUGAAGUCCUUGCUCCUCUUGCUGAUUACCUUUCUCAAAUGGCUUUGGGUCUCUGUACUGCCAAGAACUUCUUCAAGGAUCAAUGGAUCAAGUCUUUGUCUCCUUACUUCAAGGCCUUCGUUGCUGAUGCUGAAGUAGAAGCUCUUGUUGUUAAGGCUCUCGAUAAGUGUGAAGAAGCUGUUACUCCCAAGGAUCCUGAAGAAGAAGAUGAUGAAGGUGAAGAUCUUUGCAACUGUGAAUUCUCUCUUGCUUAUGGUGCCAAGAUCUUAUUGAACCGUACUGCUCUUCGUCUCAAGCGUGGUCGUCGUUAUGGUCUUUGUGGUGCUAAUGGUUGUGGUAAAUCUACUCUUAUGCGUGCUAUUGCCAACGAACAAGUCGAAGGUUUCCCUCCCAAGUCUGAACUUAAGACUGUUUACGUCGAACACGAUAUUGAUGGUUCUGAAGCCGAUACUCCUUUGAUUGAUUUCAUUAUUGCUUCCGAAGGUGUUGAAACCAAGGAUCGUGAACAAGUCCACAAGAUCUUGCGUGAAUACGGUUUCACUGAAGAAAUGGUCACCUCUAUGCCCAUUGGUGCCUUGUCUGGUGGUUGGAAGAUGAAGUUGGCUCUUGCCCGUGCUAUGUUGAUGAACGCUGAUAUCUUGUUGUUGGACGAACCUACCAAUCACUUGGAUGUUGUUAACGUUGCCUGGUUGGAAAAUUACCUCUUGGGUCUUAAGACUGUUACUUCCAUCAUUGUGUCUCACGACUCUGGUUUCUUGGAUCACGUCUGUUCCGAUAUUAUCCAUUAUGAAGCUAACUACAAACUCAAGCGUUAUGGUGGUAAUCUUUCCGAAUUCGUCAAGAAGGUCCCUAAGGCUGCUUCUUACUACUCUUUGGAUGCUGCUCAAAUCAAGUUCAACUUCCCUGAACCUGGUUUCCUCGAAGGUAUCAAGACCAAGGAACGUGCUAUUCUCAAGAUGAAGAACGUUGACUUCCAAUACCCUGGUACUGCCCGUAAGCAAUUGACCAACAUUUCCAUCCAAUGUUCUUUGUCCUCUCGUAUUGCUGUCAUUGGUCCCAAUGGUGCUGGUAAAUCUACCAUGAUCAAAUUGUUGACUGGUGAAAUUGAAUCUGAUAUCGGUACUAUCUGGAAGCAUCCUAACUUGCGUAUUGCCUACGUCGCUCAACACGCUUUCCAUCACAUUGAAAAGCAUUUGGAUAUCACUCCCAACGAAUAUAUUCAAUGGCGUUACGCUACCGGUGAAGAUCGUGAAGAAUUGGAAAAGGUCGACCGUGUCAUCACUGAAGAAGAAGAAAAGCAAAUGAAUCAAGCCUUUGUCAUUGAAGGUGAAAAGCGUAUUGUUGAAGAACUUGUCGGUCGUCGUAAGCUUAAGCAAUCCUAUGAAUACGAAGUCUCUUGGGUUGGUCGAUCUUCUGUUGACAACAUGUGGAUUUCUCGUCAAAAGCUCGAAAACAUGGGUUUCGCAAAGAAGAUUGCUGAAGUGGAUGCUCUUGAAGCUGCCAAGCUCGGUCUUAACCGUCCUUUGACCUCUAAGGAAAUUGAAAAGCACUUGUCUGAAGUUGGUUUGGAACCUGAAUUUGCUACUCACUCUCGUAUCCGUGGUUUGUCUGGUGGUCAAAAGGUCAAGUUGGUCAUUGGUGCUGCUAUGUGGAAUAAGCCUCACAUGUUGGUUCUUGACGAACCUACCAAUUACUUGGAUCGUGAAUCUCUUGGUGCCUUGGCUGGUGCCAUCAAGGAAUAUGGUGGUGGUGUUGUUAUUGUUACUCACAACCGUGAAUUCUCUGAAGCUCUCUGUACUGAAGUCUGGAAGGUCGAUAACGGUAACUUGGUUGCCUCUGGUCACAACUGGGUUUCUGGUAACGGUACUACCAAGAUUGAAGAACAAGAAGAAGAAGAUCAAGUUGAUGCUCAAGGUAACACUAUCAAGGCUGCCAAGAAGAAGGUCAAGUUGACUUCCAAGGAACUUCGUAAGAAGAAGAAGGAACGUAUGGAACGUCGUAAGCGUGGUGAAGAAGUGUUCACUUCUGAAGAUGAACUUUAAGGUAUUUGGUCAAUUUAGUUGGACAUUGUUGAUAGUUUUAUAUAGUUAUUUUUUUUUUAUUUUCCUUUAUGCAUUCCAUUAUUUAGAAUUGUAUCACAUAUAUUAAUAAAAUAGAAGUUAUUUUGUAUCAAGUUUA